AUAUAUUUUCCAUCCAUCUAUCUCUAUUUGUCCGUCUAUCUUUUUAUUCAUCCUUUCCCCGUUUGUUUAUUUGUUUCGUCAUUCGUUCAUCCAUUCCUACAUUCAAACAUUCACUCAAAUUUUUAUUUAAAAGUUUGCACACGCAGAUAAGUCAGGUUCUCAUUAUGAUUCUUCCUUCUUUAUAAUUUCUAGCUAAAUAUAACAUCUCUGAAGAUAUAUCAUUUAUUUACUUACUUAUUUAUGAACCAUUCAUGAUAUAAAUAUCGUUAAUAAUAUUAACAAAUGGUAAUUAUGACGAAUAGUGAUAGUAAUAAUUUGAUUAGCGCAAGUUUUAUUUUUUAAAGUAUAUAUUUUAACAGGUAUUAAUGUUAGUUAUCCUCAGUUAAUGAAUUAUUGUUAUUUAAAAUUGUAUUAUAAAUGUUGAUUUUAUGAUGGCAAAGAAUUUCUAUAUAACUAAAGUAUAACCUUAAUUAGUCGUUAGUUUGAUUUCGGUCCGAAAAUUUUUGCUCUAAAAUUUAUUUUGAAAUUACUUGAGAACAAAUAUUACGUCGAAGCGUUCUACCGAAACCUUUGAUUCCUUACAAAUAUUCGAACAUGGCCGAGGGCGGUAAAACUUAUCUCUACCCAAGAAAUAAACGAGACGACGAUGACAACGACAGCAGCAGAAACAACCAACUACCGAAAUCUUGGUCGCCACCAUCAACGACAACCACAACUGACGUACAUUAUUCGACGUUGCUAGCUGAGAUGGAGCCAUACUUCCACCGAGAGAACACCGAAGAUUUCUCAUACGCCGAUUUGGAUUGCAUUCCCGCCUUUCUACUCGAGCGAGCGCACGAAGUUAUCAACCUACAUCUCGAAUACAACUUGCUGAACCAGCUGUCCACAGAGUUAGGAACGUUCAAAAAUCUCGUUCAUCUGGACGUGAGCAACAAUAGGAUCAGCAAAAUUUCAGACGAGAUAUGCAAACUGAACUACCUAAGAUCAUUCAUCUGUCGGAAUAAUAAUCUAAAAGUAGAAUCCAUCCCGAAAGAUUUUGGUCUGAUGAAGUCGUUGAUGUUGUUGAAUGUUAGUGGCAACAGUUUCAACGAGGUUCCCGUACAGUUCACUGAAAUUUCUACCUUGAGAAGUUUAUACCUGGGAGCUAAUUUGAUCGUCAAUGUCCCGAAAGAGAUAGGAGAUCUUAAAAGACUGGAGAUCUUAUACUUGGGUGGUAAUCGUUUGAAGAGCAUUCCAGCCGAGGUUGGCAGUAUGAACUCCUUAGUUUCCUUAGUACUCUCAGACAACCAACUCGCACAGCUGCCCAAUUCGCUCGCCAGAUUGAAAAAUUUACAAUCUUUGUCUCUUCACAAUAAUCGCCUGUCGACCCUGCCUCCAGAACUCAUCCACCUGAACCUGAUUGAACUUAGCCUUCGGAACAACCCGCUCGUCGUCAGGUUCGUACAGGACCUCACGUACGAGCCGCCAUCCUUGAAGGAACUUUCUGGAAGGAUUAUAAAGAUUAAAAACAUUUCGUAUGGAAGGUUUGAUCUGCCGGCCAAUCUCAUUGAUUACCUCAAUUCCGGCAGUCAGUGCGUUAAUCCCAAGUGUAAAGGAGUUUACUUUUCCUCGUGCAUAGAACAUAUCAAAUUUGUGGACUUUUGCGGUAAAUAUCGCUUGCCAUUGCUACAAUAUCUGUGCUCUCCAAAAUGCACCAGCACGCCAUUGGUUCCGUAUUCGAGUGAGGAGAGCGAUGAUUCGACGGACGAAGAUGCUCUGAAACUACUUCCUGUUGUCUCAAAGAAGAUCCAGAAAGUUCUUCUUGGUUGAUGGUGUGUUUGUUGGGGCUGUAUAUGCGAACACGCAUACAACACACACACACAUCCUCACGCACACCAGUAUAUAUAAACAUACAAGCAAAACACGCAUAUUAGUCAUAUUGUGUUAAUUUGUUAAGAAAGGGAAAAUAGUGAUUCGAAAUAUUACAUUUGGCACUGUAAGAGUUUGCGACAUAAACAUUGAUAGAUUUAUUUGUUGAAAGACGUUAUGCUUUUUAUUUUGGCUGGCGUUUCAAUUCAUACAACUAUCAAUAAAUCAUCGAUACAAGAUUUCGGCACCCACACACACAUACACAUUCACACAUUGUUAAUAUGAAAUAAUAAUAAUAAUAUUAAUAGAAAAUUAUUUUAUAAUUGGAUUUAAAUUUUGAAAAAUGGAAGUAUGUUUUGCUGAUAUAAAUAUUAAAGAGUUAUUAAACAAU